AUGGAAGCUUUGAUACCCGUAAUAAAUAAAUUACAAGAUGUAUUUAACACUGUUGGCGCUGAUGCAAUACAAUUACCUCAAAUCGUAGUACUUGGUACACAGAGUUCAGGAAAGUCAUCAGUAAUUGAGAGUCUGGUAGGUCGGUCUUUUUUACCACGUGGGACUGGUAUAGUUACUAGACGUCCUUUGGUAUUACAACUUGUCUAUACACCCAAAGAUGAUCGUGAACAUCGAAAUACAGAAAAUGGAACUUUGGAUUUAGACGAGUGGGGCACAUUUUUACAUGUAAAAAAUAAAAUUUUCACAGACUUUGAUGAUAUUCGUAAAGAAAUAGAAAGUGAAACAAAUCGCAUGGCUGGGUCCAAUAAAGGAAUUUGCCCUGAACCAAUUAAUUUAAAGAUAUAUUCAACAACAGUUGUUAAUCUCACUCUGAUAGAUCUUCCUGGUAUCACAAAGGUACCAGUUGGUGACCAACCUGAGGAUAUUGAAAGUCAAAUACGUCUACUUGUAUUGAAAUAUAUAUGUAAUCCUAACUCUAUUAUAUUAGCUGUUGUUACUGCAAAUACUGACAUGGCUACCAGUGAAAGUUUAAAGUUUAGCAAAGAUGUGGAUCCAGAUGGAAGGCGUACUUUGGCUGUUGUCACUAAAUUGGAUCUCAUGGAUGCUGGUACCGAUGCUAUAGAUAUAUUAUGUGGCAGAGUAAUUCCUGUAAAAUUAGGAAUCAUUGGAAUAGUUAAUCGCUCUCAACAGGAUAUAAUGAAUAAUAAAACUAUUCAAGAUGCACUGAAGGAUGAAGCUGCAUUUUUGCAACGUAAAUAUCCCACUUUAGCAAACAGAAAUGGAACUCCUUAUUUAGCUAAGACUUUAAACCGCUUACUCAUGCACCAUAUUAGGGACUGCCUUCCUGAGUUAAAGACAAGAGUCAAUGUGAUGGUUUCACAAUUUCAAACCCUACUUAAUUCAUACGGCGAAGAUGUUAGUGACAGUAGUCAAACUUUACUUCAAAUUAUUACCAAAUUUUCAAGCAGUUAUUGUUCUACGAUCGAAGGAACGGCCAGGAACAUAGAAACAACAGAAUUGUGUGGUGGCGCUCGAAUUUGUUAUAUAUUUCAUGAAACGUUUGGUAAAACACUAGAUUCUAUACACCCGCUGGCGGGUCUCGCGAAAAUAGAUAUUUUGACAGCCAUUCGAAACGCUACUGGUCCAAGACCCGCUUUGUUUGUGCCAGAGAUUUCUUUCGAAUUAUUAGUUAAGCGGCAAAUUCGAAGACUUGAGGAGCCGUCUUUACGAUGUGUAGAACUCGUACACGAGGAAAUGCAACGAAUUAUACAACACUGUGGUACUGAAGUACACCAAGAAAUGUUACGUUUUCCUAACUUACACGAACGUAUUGUCGAUGUAGUAACACAGUUAUUACGCCGACGUCUCCCACCUACUAAUCAUAUGGUUGAAAAUUUAGUUGCUAUAGAACUAGCGUAUAUCAAUACUAAGCAUCCAGAUUUUCAUAAGGACGCGGCUCUUGUAUCGUCUUUGCUAAAAAAUACUGACGUGGACCAUAUAAAACAAAACAGAAGACUUCCGUCUACUUCAAGCACCACAUCGAGUACUAUAAUUCCAAACAAUACGAAUGUAAAGUCAAUUAAUAACCAAGACGAAGUAGCAUCUUCUUCUGAGCAGAAUAAGGACCAAGGCCAUCAAACGGUGUUAGGUAAUUGGUUGUUAAAUAGUCUUAUAUAUCAAGGAAGAACCGAUUCGAGUAGUUCAGUUGACGGUUCUCCAGUGAGAAAUCGUGAAGGCAGCACUUCUCCACAUCCAAAUGCAAGUCCAAAUCCAAUGAUUGAGCUGCAGAGAGCAUCUCCACAACAGAAACCUGUGAAUCUACUGCCAGAGGUACCAGUGCAAACAUCGCGCAAACUGAAUGAACGAGAACAACGAGACUGUGAUGUAAUUGAAAGACUAAUAAAAUCAUACUUUUAUAUUGUACGAAAAUCUAUACAGGAUAGUGUACCAAAAGCUGUCAUGCAUUUCCUAGUCAACUAUGUAAAAGAUAACUUACAAAGCGAACUUGUAACGCAUUUAUACAAAUCAGAUCACGCCAAUGUCCUCUUAAACGAGAGUGAACAUGUUGCUGUUAGGCGUAAAGAAGCAGCAGAUAUGCUGAAGGCACUAACACAAGCUGGUCACAUCAUUAGUGAAAUUCGAGAAACACAUAUGUGGUAACUGAAUUUACACAUUAUUCACAGGAUCAGUUUAUAGUUCAAUUUAGACAUUUUGAUGGUUUAGUAGGUAAACCGACAACUGAAAUCACGUGUAUAUUAAAGUACUGCAUGUCAUUUGUAUGCAAGCAGUGUUUACAACUACAACAAUAAUUUUUAAGAUUUAUGCAUUUUCUUUUAGUUUCAUUUUAUAGGCAUAACAUAACACAAUAUUAUAACACGUGCAUUUAUAGUAA